AUGUCCUGCAUAUGUGAUCCACUUUGUAAAGCUGCUGAUAAGGCAAAUAAUUUACCCGAUUCUACCCGAAUUCUUGAAAAAAACUUGGGAUCAUCCUGCGGGUCCCAAAACAGUAUUUUUUUGGGGACCAACAAUAAAGUGGUGUCUAGUAUUGGCUGGUUUGGUUGA